GCUCCAGCAUCGACGAGUCGCGCGCGCUCAUCGUUGAGUUCCCGUCGCGAGCUAAGGACGCCCUGACACGACGCGUCGCGACGUCGUAUACAGGUGGAUAUUUUUUGUUGUUUUUUUUUUCGUCGGAAAAUUUUGACUUUUUUUUUGGUCUUGGGUCACCUGGCUAGACCAAGAAGACGGGACCACGUGGAAAAUGAAUGAACGGAUCUUUUGUUGUUCAUUGACUGUUUAGUUGGGCUUGUUGUAUGUUGGGGAUAGGUUCUUUUUUAUUUAUUGUUGAUCAUUGUUGUCGAAUCAGAGGAGUGUUUUUGGGACUUGUCGAGAUGAGAAAUAUGAAGACGCUGCUGAAGUGAUCGAAGACUUUGACUUAUGUCUGUCGAUUGAACAAGUUUUUGUGUGGAGGGUCAAGGGACGAUGGGGAUGGUCAGGUGGCCAGGGACGUGUGUGACACGCGUGCAAUAGCCAAUCAGGCGGGGGCGACCGCGUGUGGCGAGAAAAUUUUUAUUAAGGGGGUUGUUGUUGAAAAAAUAUUAAAAUUGAAAAAUGUCGUCUUCGAAGACUCUUCACAACGAGCAUAUCAAGCGUCCUAUGAAUGCUUUCAUGGUCUGGUCUCGUGGACAGCGUCGCAAGAUGGCUCAGGAAAAUCCAAAAAUGCAUAAUUCCGAAAUUUCGAAAAGACUCGGUGCCGAGUGGAAAUUGUUGAGCGAGAGCGAGAAGAGGCCUUUCAUCGACGAGGCCAAGAGACUCAGGGCGCUUCACAUGAAGGAACAUCCUGACUACAAGUACCGUCCACGUCGAAAGCCGAAGACGUUGGUGAAGAAGGAAAACAAAUUUGGAUUUUCACUGUCACCCCUGGUCUCGUCGAGUGAAACACUCAGUAACUUAUCCAGAGGGUUGCUACCACCCUUGGCACCGCCGAGUCAUUCACUGGUGGGUCACGAGGACCUGAAGAUACCAAGAUUCUUUCCGCCAUUCCCGUACCAUCUGUAUCCGCUGCAGCACAAGCUGAGCGAAGACUUCGCCGUGGGUGUAGGCGUCGGUGGGGGUGUCGGUACCGGAAGCGGAAAGCUUGCAGCCGACCUGGCCUUCCAAGCCAUCUACGGGAGCACCUUUUACUCCCAGGCAGCAGCAGCAGCCGCCUGGCCCGCAUUGCCAGCACCUCCAUGUCUUCCAAAUUGUGGAUGUCCAAGUCCCAACAAGGACCCUAAGAGGCCAUCGUCGUCGUAUCUUCAGGUCAAGCCGGAGGAGCGCUUCCCGAUAAAUGCUACGACAGCGACAAUAGCCGUCGGAACGGAAACUCGUGACUCCAGGAGCCAAGAGGAGCAUCCUUGUUACCGUAAAGCAGACGUGGACGCUUUGUUCUCACUGGAAAAAACCGAAAGUCCAUUCGAAAGCACAAACAAAUCCGAGGAGAAAACCGAAGGAAGAUAUUCCUCAGCCUCGGAACGUUACACCGAUAAGUACACAGGAUUGUCGAGCAAGAGCGCCACCGUCGGCGGUGGAUUCACAGUGCAGAAUCUAGCCGGAAGUCCACUCGGUGCUGCUCAACACGUCAUAUGAAGGCCGCUACCGGUUCUUCCGGAUCUUAACUUUCGGGGGAACCUAAUAUCCAGCUGGCCAGCACCCGAUUGGUGGAGGAUGCCGCCCAUGUUAUCACCGAUCUCUCAGGUUGGCAUCUCCAGCCUUGGUAGCAGCGUCACUGCGAUAACCAGCACCACGACAGCCACCAUGACCAGCAGCGCGACAACGGUCGAAGAAGAGGAUGACGAGGAUGACAGAGACAGAAGUAGCAGUUCGCGUUCGUCAAGAACAGCGACGUCCCUCUCGGUCGGUAGUGUUCAAUGAAAAGAUAAAAGAAUAUCAGUGCUUAUAAUAAUUAAAAAAAAAAAAGACAAUCCCAACCAGUGCACAAAGGAACCAGUGAAAAUUUAAUUAAAUAAUAACGCGGUACGUACGCCAAUGAAGGGUGCUUUUAUCAUUAAAGUCUAAUCGAGAUCGAUAGGCUGAAUGGUCCAGGAGCGAUAAGCGAGUGAGAGCAGUGCGGUUUAAGGUAAAUCCUACAAAGAGAUCUCUUUUCCGAAUAACACGUGGAGAGAGAGAGAGGGACCAGUAGACUCUAGAGUAAAGCGAACGAGUAUAUGGGAAAUAAGGGAGAGUCCAAUUCUGAUGAGAUAACCAACCCUCUCCUCGCCACAUACCACAUUAUACCAUGCGAACGACCGAGAGCCAAAUCAUUCAGGCAUCCUAGGCUAUCCCGUAAAAAAAGCCUUUCCGACGGAAGCAAAUCUCUUCUUUGGCGGUCAGCCAUGCGAAAUAAGCCAAACAUUCUGAAUACUGACGCAAGGCACAUGGGGAUCCGCCCUGUAGUCAUAGUAAAACGCAUACGUAUGCGUAAGUACACGUGCAUACGGACAGAUUUAAUGCGGCGUCGCGACGCCUCUCGACGCUCCGCCUACGUAACCGCGACUUUAUUCUCCUUAUUUUGUUCUCGUGCGAUCGCCAUGUGAAAAUAGGCCACGCGUACUCGCGCACGGCCCAACUUGAUGCCGCACGACUUGGCCGGCCUGAAGAAAUUGCAGGAGUUCAGACAAAUUGAAUUGAGGCAAAAGUGACGUUUUCUCAAUGCCUGUUAACGGCUUUCCAAACAGUAUGAACUUGUGCGAAAGUGUCUAAUGGCGAAGGUAGGACGCUUCGCUGAAAUCGACCCUCGCACGUAGACAGCAUUAUGGUCAUUAAGACCCAAGGGACUUAAUAGCCCUUUUGUAAGAUAAAA